CCGAAUCUUCGCAAGUCUUGCUGUUGCAAUAAAGUACUGCGCACAAGAAGCAAUACACGCGUCAUGACACCGCUGGUUGAUGAUGAAGGUGGUGGUGGUGUGAGCCAUUUCAACCGACCCACCAAGCAAGCAAAGAAGUGAAGCGAAGCAAGACCACCCUCACCUCUCCACGGGUACCAGCGGCUCUCACACAGCUCGAGACGAUGACGAUGAAGGCGCUUGUGCUGGCCAAGAAGGGCCAUCCUACAGCCAACUUCCACCUCAAGGAGGAUGUGAAGAAGCCGACACUUGGCGCGGAUGACAAGGACAAGACGUCCAUCCUCAUCAAAGUGGUGGCCACUGCGCUCAACCCCGUUGACUGGAAAAUGGCAGACCAAGGGUUCCUCACCCACGAGUACCCCAUCGUGCUUGGCUGCGAUGUGGCCGGGGAAGUGAUUGGCGUUGGCCAAGACGUCAAGCGCUUCAAGGUGGGCGACAAGAUUGCCGCGUUCACGCCUCUCGGCACGCGCGACUGCGGCGGCUUUGCCCAAUACUGCAAGUGCCCCGAAGAGCUCGUGCUCCAUGUUCCAGAGGGCAUGCCCUUUGAUAAGGCGUGCACCCUUCCAGUUGGCAUGCUCACUGCUGGCCUUGGCCUCUUCCAUUCUAUGAAGCUGCCACUGCCCUCCAAGGCCUCUGGGCUCGAGGACAAGUGGCUGCUCGUGUGGGGAGCCUCCAGCGUGGUUGGGCUCUUCUGUGUCCAGCUCGCCAAGGCAUGCGGGCUGAAGGUUGUGGCCACCGCGAGCAAGCGCAACUUUGAGCUUGUCAAGACUUACGGCGCGGACGCCGUGUUUGACUACCACUCUGCAAGCGUCAUUGAUGACAUCAAGGCAGCGUGCAACGACACGCUCACGCUGGCGUUUGAUGCCGUUGGCAAGGUGGAUGAGGCUGCGUCUGCGCUGAAUACGACACAGCCGUGCAUGGUGUCAAGCUGUGCCGGCGCGCUGAGCAAGGAGACGAAGAACGUGACGUUUGAGACGACAAUGCUUGGUGACAUCUACCUUCCACACUCCGCCGAGAAGUACGCGGCGUUGGCCAAGGACAUCCAGGAGUACGAGAAGCUCAUCAGCACCGGUGUGGUCAAGCCGCCACACCUGACUGUUCUCAAUGGUCUGGACAAGGUUGUGGAGGGCCUGGACAUGCUCGCCAACCACAAGGUCUCUGGCCAGAAGCUUGUUGUCUCCCUUGCUUGACUUGACCACAACGACAAGCAAGCGGAAUUCGCGUGUGAUGUUGUGUUUGCAUGCGUUCUCGCACCCUCUGGCUCCCUGUCACAUCUGUUACGCCCAUCCGCUGCUGCCAUGUGAUGUGUGAUGUGGUCUGCUGGCUCAACAUACGUCUGUGAUGUUUUGUUCAUUGCGUGCUUCAUUCAAUACAAACACUCUUCUGAAACAAC